AGCCAGGCAGUUGCUAUGGCAGUGGCCGGGCGCGUUUCUGGGCGGAGGGAAGAUGGCGGUGACUAGCUGGCUGGAGAGUUUGCGGUCGGCGGAGAAGACGGCGCUGCUGCAGGAUGGUGCCAGGAUGCGGGGUAAAUAGGAAUCUCUCUUCUCAAGAGGCUGUCAGAGGAAAUGAAGAAAGUGAAGAGAUAUGCAGAAACUGGGGCAUGCUGCAAUCUCACGGUGUGCAGAUUUGAGGGAAGAGGAUGGUGCACUAUUUGUUCCCCGACGGGAAGGAAAUGGCGGAAGAAUACGAUGAGAAGACGAGUGAGCUGCUUGUGAGAAAGUGGCGUGUGAAAAAUGCCCUGGGAGCCUUGGGCCAGUGGCAGCUUGAAGUGGGAGAGCCAGCGCUCUCAGGAGCCGGGAGCCUGGGAUCUGAGCUCAUCAAGGAGAGUAAUGCCAAUCCCAUCUUCAUGCGCAAGGACACCAAAACAAGUUUCCAGUGGCGGAUUCGAAAUCUCCCCUACCCAAAGGAUGUGUAUAGCGUCUCUGUGGCUCAGAAGGAGCGCUGUGUCGUUGUUAGGACGACUAACAAAAAAUACUACAAGAAGUUCUCCAUUCCUGACCUGGACAGACACCAGCUUCCUCUGGACGACUCUGCGCUGAGCUUUGCUCAUGCCAACUGUACCCUGAUAAUCUCUUAUCAGAAGCCAAAGGAGGUCAUGGCAGCUGAGUCAGAGCUACAGAAAGAGUUAAAGAAGGUAAAGACAGCCCACAGCAGCGAUGGGGACUGUAAGACCCAGUAGCUGUCCUGGGCCUUGCACCUGCAGUGUGGAGGAGCCAUGAGACUUUCAGGCUUGCUCAUUUCUGGCACGGGCAGCCUCUUGUCUCGUGAGAACUACAGCGUCCACAGAGCUGGAUGCCGGAGCACAGCCCACUUCUGCCCGUGGCCUUGUUACUGAGUAAAGUCAUUUGGAGUUGCUUUAAAA